AUGAGAUUCUCAGUGUUGUUCUUCCUUCCUUUCUUACUCCAAACAGCACAAGCUGCUAUUAACUACACUACUGUUACGACAAGUAUUGCCGAGCCCUCGAAUUCUGACGUUUGUAACACCUAUGAAACUGCUGGCGGUCGGGGUACAGAUGCCUGGUAUGCCAGAGUCCAAUUUAUCGCAGAUUCGACAAAUGACAUUGCCAUUCUAGGAACCGGGGUGAGAAGUUACAAGUACCUUGUGCAGUGGUACUUCACAUAUGCUGUUCCAUUAGAAGCCACCGACUUUGACGUCAGUUUCUUGACCGGUGCUACAGGUUUGCUUACCACCGUUGAUGUGAUUGUAAACCCUCAACAGGGUGCGUUUAUCUUUUCCUACAACAGUACCGUCACCUACCCAAUUGCGCUCGGUGUGGAUCUUCUUAAUGGGCUCAAUUGUUUCAAUACCUUGAUUGGUUAUAACCUGAAAUUUUCGGGUGGGGAUUUCGAUAGAACUGUUAUUAUGGGAUCCUCUUUGUUCUGGUUGAAUCCUAUUAAUGGCCUAUCGUGUACCAUCAAUUCCAUCGGUAAACCAGGGUGUGUUGCCUUGGGAUACCCAGCGUUGAGCAACUGUAUCACCUGGGGUGAUUGUUCGAUUGAUUCUCCACCGCCUGUGCUCACAAUCGUAACCCUCACUGCCACUCAGUCUGAUGGUUGUACUGUGUAUCAACAGGUUCUUCAAUCAGGGUAUAGCUACACCACUCAAUUAGUCAGUAGCAGCACAUACACCCUGACUGUAACGACUACCUGGAGGUCAGCAACAAAAACCGGACUUUUAGGAGGUAAGGAUUACACCACAUUCACUAGCACAUACACUUCUACCGGGAUACAAACCAUCACUCUGCCUUCGUUGGUUAUCUCUCCCGUCAAUUCUUUGAUCACCGCCACCACCGCGUGCCCAAGUUCCUCAGAUGAUCCAAGUUCUUCCAUUUCUCCAAGCUCCUCCGACACUUCAAAUUCCUCUGCUUCGGUAUCUAUUUCUUCAAAUUAUUCUGAUACAGCGUCUGUAGUCACGAGCUCUUCUGAUCCAGUGUCUGCUGCCUCAAGCUCUUCCGAUCCAGCGUCUGUUGUUGCGAGUUCUUCUGACCCAGAAUCCGCUGCUUCAAGCUCAUCCGAUCCUGCAUCUGUUGUUACAAGUUCUUCUGACCCAGUAUCCACUGCUUCAAGCUCAUCUGAUCCUGCAUCUAUUGUUGUGAGCUCUUCCGAUCCAGAAUCUACUGCUUCGAGUUCUUCCGAUCCAGCAUCUGUUGUUGUGAGUUCUUCUGACCCAAUAUCCGCCGUUUCAAGCUCUUCCGAUCCGGAAUCAACUGCUUCGAGUUCUUCCGAUCCAGCGUCUGUUGUUGCGAGUUCUUCCGAUCCAGAAUCCACUGCUUCGAGCUCUUCCGAUCCAGCAUCUGUUUCGAGUUCUUCUGACCCAGAAUCCACUGCUUCGAGUUCUUCCGAUCCAGCAUCUGUUGUUGCGAGUUCUUCUGACCCAAUAUCCGCCGCUUCAAGCUCAUCCGAUUCAGCAUCUGUUGUUGUGAGUUCUUCUGAUCCAGAAUCCACUGUUUCAAGCUCUUCCGAUCCGGAAUCUACCGCUUCAAGUUCAUCUGAUCCAGCGGCUGUUGCAAGUUCUUCUGAUCCAGCAUCUGCUGCCUCAAGCUCUUCCGAUCCAGUAUCUACUACUUCAAGCUCUUCUAACCCGGCAUCUACUUCAAGCUCUUCCGAUCCAGCAUCUGUUGCUCCAAGUUCUUCCUUGACAUCGUCUCCUGUUUCAGAAAGUUCUUCCGUCACACCUUCGUUUACACCAGUCCCAUCCAUUACUGAUAAUUCUUCGUCACAAGGUGCUUCGUCUAUCAAGACCGUGUGGGUCACUGAUACCACCUGGGUAAACGUUUGUUGA